AGACAAAAUGACAAAACCAUUUUUACAACAGCAGUAACCUAUAGUUAGAAAUUUCAGCAUUGAUCUCUCUUCUCUUCUCUUCUCUUCUCUUCUAUUGUCACUUUCUCUCAUUCUCUCACACUAUCUUUUUUUCUUGUUUACAAACCUUGCACUUUUUAUUCACCAUUUCAGAUACUUACGAUGAGUUUGAAAACAAGUAACAAGAAAAUGAGAAGAGGUUUCAUGUGCCAUUCUCAAUCCUCAACAGCAGUGUGUAUGAGUACACGUGACCCUCAUUCUGUUGUUGCACCUAAGAGGAUUGAAAAGAGUGUUAUUCUUGAUGAUACAAGAAUCAUCAACUUUGCCAAAUAUUCCAAACUUGUUGAAUCUCCUAUGUCCAAUCCUGUUCCAAAGAUCAUGCUUAGAGAGAACUCGGCGAAGAAUCAAAAUUAUCAAGCUAUUGAACCAAGAGAACUUCAGAAAACACCAACAGAUAAUGUUUUUCAGGUGGUUGUGAUGCGGGUUGCGAUUCACUGUCAAGGAUGUGCUGGAAAAGUGAAAAAACAUAUCUCUAAGAUGGAAGGAGUUACAUCAUUCAGUAUAGAUGUAGAGUCUAAGAGGGUGACAGUGAUGGGGCAUGUUUCUCCGGUGGAAGUUCUUGAUAGCAUUUCAAAGGUGAAAAGGGCUGAACUUUGGUGUUAAAGCACAUCAUUCACACCAUAAAAGGAAUCAUGGAAGAUGCAGAGAGAGAGACAGAAUCAAUAAGCUUUGAAUUUUUCCUUUGUGUUUGUGGUCCUCAAUAGUUGGUGGGUAGAUAGAUAGAUAUCUACUCAAUUGACUUGGUUUUUUUUUUGUUGUAAUGUUCAAUGAUAUUUUAAUUCUUCUUGCAAUUCUUAAUACAGGUUUCAGAAAAAACUUCCUUCA